AUGUUUUCUCUCUCACACCGAUGCCAUUCCGCAGUCGCAUCGUCAUCUUUCCAUGUAGCGUCCUCCAAACAUAGCUCGUCGAAAACAUCGACCAUUCAUCAUCAAAGAGGAGCACACCUUCACCCGCACGCGACCGUCGUCAUCAACCACGAAGGAAAAGAUUACACGGUGGAAGUGCAAGACGGGGAAACCAUCCUGGACGCCGGUUUAGACGCCGGGAUUGAUUUACGACACGACUGCAAAAUGGGCGUUUGCAUGAUGUGUCCGGCGAAAAAAGUGACCGGAGAAGUCGAGCAAGCGAACGCGAUGUUAUCCGACGACGUCUUGGAGCAAGGGUUCGUCUUGUUGUGCUGCGCGGAACCGGUCGGGGAAGGCGUGAAGAUUACCACCGUGGACGAGGACGAGUUGUUGGAGGUACAGCUGAACGCAUGA